UUACGGCAGCGUGACGUUUUACGACGUUGAAAAGCAGCGUGUCUAACGUGGCGUUGCACUGACUACUCGCUGAAGCAGGUGACUGGUUGAGAGAAGAGCGUAGCUUCAGAUCUGGUUAGUGGGAGGAAAUGGCGGCGUUCCAGGAGAAGGUAAGCAGACUGCUGAGCAGAAGAGACGGGAAACCGGUCCUGAAGCCCAAUAAGCCCCUGGUUUUGAGAGACGCUGUAGCAAACCGCCAACUGAAGAAAGGAGAGGCCACCUGUAUUACAGAGAUGUCAGUCCUCAUGGCCUGUUGGAAGCAAAACAACUUUGUGGAUGGUUUGUGUUCCAAGGAGGUGAAAACCUUCUACACUUGUGUGAAGAAGUCUCAGGCUGCUAUGAAGAAUAAAUCGGAACAGACCAGCCUUCAGGGAGGUCGCCUGCACCCAAAACAAGCCACAACCCUUCUGAAGAGAUUCUCCAACCUGUGUACAGAGAUCUAGAAGAGAAGACACUUAUACAGACCUGGGUAGUCAAGUAGGAGGAGGAUGCACUCGGACCGGUUGAGUAUAGUUAUGUGUGGUUUCAGUCAGUCACCCUAAAAGUAUUGUGAAAAGGGUGAUUAUCAGUACUGCGCUGCUCUUUGGAUGCAUGACUUGUGGGUGUUAUAAUGCUGCCUUAUCAUGUCUAUACUUUGUUCAUAAACUCUACAAUGUAACUUUCUCUUUGGGUCUUUCAUUGGCUCUGAGUGGAGUGAUGCAUUUUAUUAUAAUGAAUGGUUUGGUUCAAACCAGAGAAGAUAUUGGUGGUUGGGAUUGGAGUUCUCCUCAGGCACGAGCUUACCAGUGAACACCUAAACACUUACAGGUUAAAGGUAAUCCUGGUGCCUCAGUUGUAGUAUAAAGGUGCAGCUGAGUGGAGCCAGGUGUACUUAGCUCGAACAGAACACAGAACCACAUUAGCAACCAGCCUUUUAAAUGGGAGGCAAACUUUUUUUUUUUUCUCCAUUUGUGCAAUGGACCCUGUGGAAUCCUUUCUUGACAUGAGCCUUUACUAUGUAUAGUAAGGUAUGUAUAUACAGAGGUUGUUGUUGUUGUUGUUGUUUACUCAAUUGUUUUAUAACCUGGACAACUUUACCCUCUACCUGUAUUUGUUAUUCCAUCUUGAAGUAAAGCAUUGAAGUCUGAAUCUAAA